UUGACCUAUAACGUCAUAUUUAAACGACGACCGUGAAUGUUCGGUUAUUUUGUUUCUUAUGUAGCUGGAUAGCUAGAUAGCUAACCAGCUUGUGAUAUUUUUGGAAAAUGGCUGAAUCGUUUGAAGAACGUCUCGUAAAAGCAGUCAAAGAGCAUACGCACUUGUAUGAUACCUCAAUGCGUUUACAUUUCGACAAAGAGGCUCUCGAACACAGUUGGCGCGAAAUUGCUACAUAUUUAAACUCCGAUCCAGAUACCUGCAGGAAGAAAUGGAGACUUGCGAGGGACCGUCAUGUGAGAGCACUGAAAAAGUCUAAGGAUAUGCCAGAGGGUGUACCGAGGCCUGGAAUUCUGAGUUGGCUCACCAUUUUUAUCAAACAUCGGCAAACCAACCCAAACUUUCCCGAGAUUUCAGCAAACAGAGUUGAGAGUCCUAAUAGCAAACUGGAUCAAACUCCCAUGUUUUCAGACCAGGCAGGUCCACGGUUACCUUUAUCUUCUUUCCGUCUCCUGGUUCCUCCUCUACGCCUGAUGUCAGCUUUCAUGUGGCAAGUGGCUCAAGAGCGUAAUGUGAUGCAGUAUGGGAAGCUGGAGGAGUUUGUGACUUUGGUGACAGAGAUGGUUCCAGAGCUGCUGAGCUCCAGGCAGAGGACCCAACUCAUCCUGGGACUGAGAGCAAGGAUGGUUUUAGAGUUGUUUCGCAAUGAAAACCCACCGGAACCCCAGACCAUCCAACUUCAUUUGGACAGAAUCAGAACUUCUUCAGUACAUGCUGUGCACGUGGAUCUGAUUUUAUCAUUCAUUUUACAUGCCCAGUCACAGAGUAGAAAUGAGUUGGAGGCUUCGGAGUCUAACUUCGUGGAACUUGUCAAAACCCUGUUGGAAGACCCUUCUGAGAAGAAGCACUUCUUCCAGGUGGUGUUCCCAAUACGUUACGGCCCUCGGUAUGACACAGCACUGCAGAUACUGGUGUGGGAGUUCCUCUCCCGGCUGGAGGAGCUGCUGCCUGUACCAGACCUUACAGAGACAGCAUCUAGUCUCAGCAUUGCCCCCUCUGACCUGGAGGAGUUCUGGCAUUCUGUCUCUGACCCAGAGCACAUGAAGACACUGCUGCAGCAUCAUAGACAUCUGGGACACUUGAGCAAAAAUAAAUUCUCCAACCAGGUCGCAGACAACAUCUUGUCCACAUUGUCAAUUCCUCAAAUUCACGGCCUGAAGUCAAGUCUCGAUGGACAUGAAGGCAUGAAAGGGUGCACAGAGGGGUGGAAGAUCAACAGUGAGGAAGACCAAGAGGAAGGAGUAGAGUUGCAUUGUGAAAAUAACUUGGAGGAGGAUGAUGAUGAUGGAAGUGAGAGAAAUGAAGACCCUGAGAGAGGAUUGAAGGAUGAAGAUGACGCAAACUGGACCUCCCCUCUGAGUGAACCAGAGGACUCGGAUGAACUGGCUAGUGACAUGCCCUCCCAGGUCUUCUCCUGCCCCCAGUGCCCAUUCUCCCACAGGGAAAUGGUGGACCUUCACCAGCACAUCAGGAAGGAACAUUUAACAGAGGAGGACAGCAGGAGCCUGGACUCUGGAGGAGCUGAGAACUCACUGCCAUCCAGUGAAACAGUACAGAGCUCCUCAGCCAAGAGGAUCAAUAAGAACACCUGCAAACAGUGCGGGAAGGGUUUCAGAUGCACAACUGACCUGAAACGACACCAAAGUAUUCACACAAGUGUGCAGCCGUUCCGUUGCAACCAGUGUGAGAAGAGAUUCAAAUCGGAGAGAUAUCUACAACUGCACAAGAAGAGUCACGACGUUGAACCGAUGCACAGGCCUAUUUGCCAACACUGUGGCAAGAGUUACACAAGUGCAGCAGUCCUCAAAAUACACAUACGCACACACACCGGGGAGCGGCCUUACUCCUGCUCAGUCUGUGGGAAGAAGUUCAAUCAAAAGCACACAUUAGUUAGACACCUCCGGAUGCACAAAGGGGAUAGACCAUACCUGUGUAGCGUAUGUGGGAAGGCUUUCUUUGUGUCCGGGGAACUCUUAGUGCACAUGCGUUUUCACACAGGGGAACGACCUUACCGUUGUAAACCGUGUGGAAAGGCUUUCAGCACGUCAUGCGCUCUCACGUCGCAUAAGCGAUGGCACUCAAACGAGCGCCCAUUCACCUGCUCCCUUUGUUCAAAGGGCUUUGCAGAAACUAGUGGCCUUAAAAGACACAUGUUUAUUCAUACUGAGGAGAAGCCCCAUUACUGCCACACGUGUGGGAAAGGAUUUAGUCAGUUGAGCAACAUGAGAAUACAUUUGAAAACUCAUAAGAAAUAAUGUCAUUGGAUCUUUGUCAGACUAAAGUGAUUUUUACGCUAGUGUAAUGUUUAUUGCUCCUUGAGCUCAUAAAGCCAAAAGUAAGAAGAAAAAAAAAAUGUUUUAUAGUUCAUGUACAUCGUCCUGACAAAGUUUUAGCAAUUUAUUGACAAAGUAGCCAUUCUGUUAUUUUUCCCUGGGUAAUGUAAUUGGUUGUUAAGGAACUUUGUCCACAGACUUCACAAUGACAUUGAGGUUUUACUUAGUGCACUGCUAACUGUACUGUACUCUGUGAGCACAGUAGGGGUAACAUGAUGAAAGCAUGACACAGUUUGUGUAGGCCGUUCUGUACCUGAUGUAAUGAAAAAACAUUUUGACAGCAACUAUGAAGUUGACCCUUGAAUAAUCAGUCAUGUGUUUUGGACCAAGCUCCUGAUGUAUGCCGGAACAGAGUCCUCCCUUUUCCUAAUUCUUCUGCAUAGUCACCCGUUGAAGUGUCGUCAUCUAAGGAAUGUUUUUAUUUUCAAUCCCUCGGUCAGGCACCCAAUUCCCUUCUGCUACAUGCUGGGCUGAAGCACAUUUGGGUACACUUUUUUUCCCCAUUGUAAUCAGACCUGGGUUCAAACACUAUUUCAAAUAUCUCAAUUACUUUCACCUACGUUGUCCAAGUAAGUAUUCAGAUGUUUUAUUUGAAAAGACAAGUACUUGAAUAUUUUAAUGUAUUUGGAAAUACACUUGGAAAGUAUUUGAAAAUACUCAAAUACACUCCCGUGCAUUUAACCCAGGUAUUUGAAAUAAGUGUUUGAAAAUACUCAUACUAUUUGGUUUUUACAAAUAGCCAUUCAAAUAACCAAAUAGAAGUACUUAUUUUGGGCUGUGUAUUUGAAAAUACACAAAUGUAUUUUAAAUACUGAAAUACAUUUGAACCCAGGUCUGAAUUUAAUAAAUAAUCACUCGUAUCGUCUGUGUAAUCGUCUGUGGUGACUCAAUCAUUUGUAAAUUAACUAAUACUACAGCAUGUGUAUGAUAUAUGUAUAUUAUUAUGUACAUGAUGCUACAUUUAUUAUCCAUCAAACACUUAAUAAAAACGUUAGUGUUUUUUUUAAGUGUGGGAAAGGAUUUACUUAGAUGAGCAACAUGAAUACAUUUGAAAACUUGUAAGAAAAAAGCUAAUUGGAUGUUUGUCAGACUAAAGUGAUUUUUACACUAUU